CACAAAGCGUACUGGUACUCUGUUUAUAGUAACCAUGAGAGUGAAAGUAAAAGUAUCGGCUAAGGAAGACAAUUUCUGCUGAUUUCUCUGAAAAGUCAUCGUGUAAAGGGUAGUUUAAAAAAAGUUUAGUUGAUAUUCAUUCUGGACUGACAGAAAGGCACGAGUCAGUCAUGGCUUCUUCUAUAUGCAUGCCUGCUCCUGUGUGUCUCAUUGAAAAUGAUGACAGUGGGACGCUGAGUGUCAGAAAAGAGGGCAAAGACAUUCUGGAUAUGAUCAAUGGACCAGUGGUGGUGGUGUCUGUAGUGGGACUCUACCGUACAGGAAAGUCUUACAUUAUGAACCGCCUAGCAGGACAACAGACAGGUUUUGCUCUUGGCAACACUGUUGAAUCAAAGACCAAAGGCAUCUGGAUGUGGUGUGUCCCUCACCCAUCUAUGCCAGGACACACGCUGGUGCUGCUGGACACAGAAGGACUUGGUGAUGUGAAAAAGGGAGACUCUAAAAAUGACGGCUGGAUCUUCUGUCUGGCGGUUUUGCUCAGCAGCACCCUGGUGUACAACAGCAGAGGAACCAUUGAUAAUGUGGCAGUGGAACAGCUACACUACAUUGUGGAGCUCGCUGAGCAGAUCAAGAUCAAAUCACCAUCAUCUGCAUCAGAAGAAGAUGAAGAGGGGGAAGAAAAUUCUAAGUUUGUGUGUUUUUUCCCAUUAUUUGUCUGGGCGGUGAGAGAUUUCACUUUGGAUUUGGAAAUUAAUGGACAGAAAGCGACAGAGGACGAGUACCUCAACUUUGCUCUUGAGCUGAAGAAAGGCGUAGGAAGAAAAAUCAGUGACUUCAACAUGCCUCGUGAAUGUAUCCGGAGUUAUUUUCCUUCCCGGAAGUGUUUCAUGUUCCCACCUCCAGCCUCACCAGAAAACAUGAGAUGUUUAGAGAGCCUUCAAGAGCAGGACCUUGUGGCAGGUUUUCUGGAGGCCACACGUCGUUUCUGUGAAUACAUUUUUGUGAAAAGUGCUGUGAAAACAUUGAAAGGGGGUCACAGAGUUACUGGGAAAUUGCUUGGUCAGCUGGCUCAGAUUUAUGUAGAUACAAUCAGCAGUGGUCAGGUGCCCUGUCUGGAAAAUGCAGUGCUUGCUCUGGCAAAUCAAGAGAACCAGGCCGCUGUUCAAGAAGCUUUACAAGUGUAUAAGAGUGGCAUGGAAGAGAUAACCAGUAAGUUCCCAGUAAGCAUGGAUAAUAUAACCCGCGUGCACCAGAAGUGCAGCAGUCGGGCAACUUCUGAAUUCAUGAAACGCUCUUUUAAUGAUAUAAAAGGAGAAUACAAUACAAAACUGAAGGAGGAGAUAGAUAUUUACUAUGCAGCCCUGCUUAAUCAGAAUGAGACGGCAUCUGAAGAAAAAUGCAAAGAGCUGCUGAAGAAUCUGUUCUCUGAAAUGAGUGAACGACUGCAGAAUGGAGCAUACAGUCAACCUGGAGGAUAUGAAGUCUACUGCAGAGACAGAGACGACACCAUUGCACAGUACCGCAGAGAACCAAACAAAGGAGUAGGGGCUGAAGCUGUGCUGAAUGAGUUUUUGAAUGAGAGAGGACCUGAAGCAAACAGCAUCCUUUACGCUGAUAAAAAACUCACUGAAAACGACAGAAAGAUCCAAGAGGAGAAAGAAAAGGCGGCUCUGCUUGAACAGAAGUGUAAAGAGGAGGAGGAGAAGCGAAUCGAGAGUGAACGAAUGAGGGAGGCAGAGCAAGAGCGUCAGGAGGACAGAAUGAGGCAGAUGCAGGAGAAGUUCAACAAGGAGAUGGAGCAACAGCGAGAGGAGAUGGACAAAGCUAUGGACAGCAAACUGAAGGAACAGGAAGAGCUCCUAAGCAAAGGCUUUAAGGAGAAAGCUGAACUUCUCAAUGAAGAGAUCAAGAGUUUACAAAAAGAAAAAGAAUCGAUAAAUGCCGGUGGCAUUUUUAAAGAUUAUGUAAUGCCAAUUCUCGCCACAGGCGCAGACCUGCUUUCCAGCCUCAUCAUGCACAAAUCAAUAGCGAAAGGUCUCAAAGCAUUAAAAGGAAAAUAAACACAGCCGUGGUGUCGAAUUAACACACAUUCUCUUCACACAUUAGAGUUUUACUGUUCCUCUGUGUGAGAUGGGUUUUUGUUCCUCAUUGUGUAUAUAUGAAUUCUUUGGCAAUAUUGAUUAACAAUCAAUAAAAAACAUUUGCAAUGGAUAUUAUCGUUUAAUACUCAUCAUUUAUCGAAGAAUGCUAGAAUUAUGCACACAAAAAUUUAUUUUACCUUGUACACCUGUGUCAAAGAUGUAUAAUAAAAGUCAUUUGAUUAAA